AUGAAACGACCACAGGACCACUUCGUUGGGCGUCACUAUGACGCGGAGCAUAGCGCCGGCCCUUUCAAGUUUUUCAAUCCGACGAAACGGUACAUGGUGGCAGGAAAGAGACAGGUUACGGCGCCUGAGGUCGAAAGAGACCAACUACCCACGAGUGGCCAAGUUCCCAAGGUUGCGUAUGUCUGGAGAAGUCGAGAUAACAGAAAGGGACGACAUGCGCUGGCCGUCGAUGUCGAUCCUCACAAACAUGAAAAGACCCAGAGCCCGAAGCCGACAAAUACACCAAACCGGACCCUGAGAGGCAUUGCAAAGAUGUUUCUGAGAUACCCUGUCUGGGACGUGUCUUAUGAUGUCGCCGUCAUCUUUACCAUAGGUACAGGUUCUGUCAUCUGGGUCGUCAAUGGAUUCUUCUCUUGGCUACCCGUACAAGACCCUUCGACAGAGUUCAAAGGCGAGACCGACUGGGCAGCUGGGCUGACAGCUCUCGUCGGAGCUACAGUCUUCGAGGUUGGCUCAGUACUUCUCAUGCUCGAAGCCGUCAACGAGAACCGUUCAGACUGUUUUGGCUGGGCUGUCGAAGAGAGUGUAGACGGAGUCCUUCACCUCAAGACUGUCCAUGAAUGCAGGCACUCGCAUGCCCAGAAGAGAACCUUUGUCGCCGGCAAGUGUAUCAGCCAGCAUCAAGUGGACGAGAGUUCGUCAGAAGAUGGGCGCUUCCUCGCCUGCUCCUCACAAAUGUUUGGUGCCACCGUAUUCUGGAUAUCAGGCUUCACGGCACUGCCACCUAUCCUCAAGAACCUUUCCACGCCGGCCCUCAACGGUGUCUACUGGCUCCCGCAGGUCGUCGGCGGCACGGGCUUUAUCGUCUCGAGCGCACUAUUCAUGCUCGAGGUCCAGCCUCGCUGGUAUAUCCCCGCGCCAGGAGUCCUCGGAUGGCACAUUGGGCUAUGGAACUUGAUAGGGGCUAUCGGCUUCACGCUCUGCGGGGCGUUGGGUUUUGGCAUGAACCAGCCAGGAGUUGAGCUCAUGGGCAUUCUUGGUACGUUUCCCUACGCUCCCUACGAAGACAUGGACCGGCUAAUGAUUGCAGAUCGGGAGCGCGGUACAGUGGUUUGA